AUGAAUAGGUUCCGGAAAUUGUUGAUGCAAGAGGAAGAAGAUGCCAUUACAAGAAAUAAUCAAAGAGCCCUGGUGAUGCAGGCAGCUUCCUCUCAUAUCUUGAGGAUCCAAGAGGAAGAAUCACAGUGGGGUGGUUCACAGCCCGGGCGCCAGUACAUAGCCAGAGAUCGCGAAGCUAUGGAUCGACGACUGAAAGCUCUAUACUUCGCUUCGCCGUGCAGGUUCCAAGGCGAUGUAUUUCGCAGAAGGUACAGAAUGCGACCUCAUGUGUUUGACCAAAUGAUGUAUGAUGUCGCCAACCACGAUCCAUACUUCGUGCAAACUGAUGAUGCCUCCUGCAGAGUUGGUUUGUCUACCGAACAAAAGCUGACUUGUGCUAUGCGGAUGCUUGCUUACGGGCUUCCGGCCGACCUGAGUGAUGAGUUUCUAAACGUAGCUGAAUCUACAGCUUUGGAGAUCUUGUCGCACUUUACUAGAGUAAUCUUCAAUGUGUACCACAACCAUUACCUUCGUCGACCAACUCCAGCGGAUUUGCAGUGGUUGCUCGAUGUUGCCGACAAAAGGGGGUUCCCCGGAAUGGUGGGAAGUCUCGACUGUAUGCACUGGCAGUGGAAAAACUGCCCAACCGCAUGGCAAGGGCACUUCACUGGUUAUAAGAGAAAACCCACAAUCAUUCUGGAGGCAGUCGCAUCAUACGAUGCUUGGAUUUGGCACGCCUAUUUCGGACUUCCAGGUGAUAGAGAAUAUUAUGACCAAUGCUACUACCUAGUAGAUGGGAUCUACCCUAAAUGGGGAUCUUUUAUGAAAGCAAUUAGAAAUCCAAUUACGCCAGAGCAAGCUCAUUUUACAAAGAUGCAAGAGUCAUACAGAAAAGACGUGGAGAGGGCAUUUGGAAUUCUCCAAGCUCAUUUUGCAAUAGUAAGAGGACCCGCCCGUGGAUGGGAUAGAGAGGAUCUCCAAUAUAUCAUGAUGACCUGCAUUAUUUUGCACAACAUGAUUGUUGAUGAUGAGCGUGAAGAAGAUGAAGAGUCGCCUAUUGACCUCGAUGAUAUCCCCACCAGACCAAGGAAAGCACAAAUUUAUGAGAGGUAUGAGGAUGAUCAUGAGGUUGAACGCAACCGUCCUGAACUUGAGGAGUUCAUGACCCGUUAUCGGGGAUUAGAUGCCCAAUUGUGCAUAGAGUCCUUCAAGGAGAUUUGGUUAAUCACCUCUGGAACAUGA